AUGGCGUUGCAUGAUGAGAAUGAAAGCUCAGGGCCAGAUGCGCCUCUUCUGGCGGAGAGCAACGCAUUUCGACAGGGUGAUUCCGCGGCGGCCCCGAGCGAUGACGGGCACGCCGCAUCGGAACUGCAAUACUUGGGCGGAUGGUUCAUAUGGAGUUUGACCUUCUCUGCUGGGCUCAGCGGGUUACUCUUUGGCUAUGAGUUAGUUGAUCACUUCUUGAUGCGCAAGUACUUUUGUAGCGACUUACUCGGGUCAGAUCUUUCAGGUCGUCCGUUGACAACACUGGACGAGAGCUUGAUCACAUCUUGCACAAGCUUGUUUGCUCUUAUCGCAUGUCCAUUCACUGGCGUUCUAGCAGACAAGUAUGGUAGACGACGCAUCAUCCUCUAUGCCGAUGUGCUUUUUGCUUUGGGAGCGAUAUUGCAAGCUUCCAGCAGCCAAGUAUGGGGGAUGAUCGCGGGUCGCAGUGUGGUUGGCUUAGCUGUUGGUAGCGCCAGCGCAGUUACGCCACUGUACAUCUCGGAAGUCGCGCCUUCGCAUAUCAGAGGAAGGCUGGUUGUGAUUCUGGCUCUUCUCAUCACCGGUGGACAGGUCGUAGCCUAUAUUGUUGGAUGGGGAUUCUCUCAAUUGCCGGGUGGUUGGCGCUGGAUCGUGGGGCUAGGAGCGGCGCCUGCAAUUCUCCAAUUUGCAACGAUACUCCUGCUUCCGGAGACGCCGCGCUGGCUUAUGAAAAUGGGCCUUGAACGCAAAGCAGUCAAUGUUCUCAGGCGCAUCUAUCGCAACUCCCCCAGCUGUGACCAAAUCAUUCAGCAGGUCAUGCACAGCAUCAAGGGCGAAAUAGCCGCAGAGAAACUGCAGAGCGAGCCAAAUGAAAACCAGCAGAGCUCCUCGCGUUGGCUCGGUGAUGUCUACCAGCGAGCUCACUCUUUGUUCGGAGAGGGCGCGAAUCGCCGCGCUUUGACAAUCGCCAUGAUGCUCCAAGCCCUUCAGCAGCUUUGUGGUUUCAACAGCCUGAUGUAUUUCUCAGGGAUCAUCUUCUCGGCAUUGUCCUUUUCUUCCCCAACUUUGACUUCACUGACCGUAGCUGGAACGAACUUUGUAUUCACGCUGGUCGCAUUCGUUUUCAUCGAUAGGAUCGGUCGACGACGCAUCCUUCUCUAUUCUGUGCCGGUCAUGGUGAUUGCAUUGAUCUUGUGCGCUUUGGCAUUCACUUCGCUGAACAUAUCCUUGGAACCACAGUCUACUGUGCCUGGGCAGGAGACAGGCUCAGCCUACCCUGUGAUCAUCCUCAUCUGCUUGACCAUCUUCACUGCCGCGUAUGCCUUUGGCAUCGGAAACGUGCCAUGGCAACAGUCAGAAUUAUUUCCUUUGAACGUGCGUUCAAUAGGGUCAGGAAUAGCGACUGCAACGAACUGGGGUUGCAACUUUAUCGUGGGACUCACCUUCCUGCCUAUGAUGAAGUGGCUCUCUCCAACAUGGACAUUUGCUGUGUAUGCACUCGUCUGUGUUGUGGGGUGGCUUGUCAUUCGAGGUAUCUAUCCAGAAAUGAGCGGACUCGGCCUAGAAGAAGUCCGGGGUCUAUUAUCUGAGGGAUGGGGUGUCGAAAAAACUUUGAGGAGGCAAGCAGAGACUCGACAUGAACAGCGUGUUUGA